CACACCACCACCGCAACUAAACCACCGCCCCUCGCCUCCAACCCAACCCCCUUUGUGUGCGUGUGUGCUAGAGAGAAGAGGAGGGGAGAGAGAGAGAGGAGCUGAGCAGCGCCUACACUAUCGACUGUAACCGCAGUUUAGCGGAACGGGAGCAAACGCAGCGGAGAGAGAAAGAGGGAGGGGAGGAGGAGGAGGAGACGCAAGCAAAGUCAUCAUCAUCAUCAGUGCCAUUUCGCUCUCUGCUGCUCCAACAGCACAGGCGCAUUCCGCCCGAGACGAAUAAGCAGCAGCAGCAGCAGUUGGGACGGGAACAGCCGUGUGCGGUGAAAGUUGAAGUCAAUUUUGGUCCUUCAAAGCCCUCCGCAUCAGCAAUGACGCAGCCAGCGAUUGAGGGCAUACGCAUGCCGGACGGGCACUAUGCCGACGGGACGUGGGAACUGCGCAUCCUGGUCACGGACCUGCAGCAGGAGGUGAUGAUGCGCGUCACCGGGGAGCUGCACAUUGGCGGAGUGAUGCUGCGGCUGGUGGAGCGUCUGGAGAUGAAGAAGGACUGGUCAGACCACGCGCUCUGGUGGGAGCGCAAAACCAUGUGGCUGCUCAAGACGCACUGGACGCUGGACAAGUACGGCAUCCAGGCGGACGCCACGCUGCACUUCACCCCGCAGCACAAGCUCAUGCGCCUGCAACUCCCGAGCAUGAAGUACGUGCGCGUCAAGGUCAACUUCUCCGACCUCGUCUUCAAGGCCGUCGUGGACAUCUGCAAGACGUUCAACAUCCGCCACCCAGAAGAGCUGUCCCUCAUCAGGAAGCCUCAGGAUUCUUCCAAAAAGAAGAAGAAAAAGGGAGGAGAGGAGAACAACCACGAGGAAGUGACCGAGUUGGAGGGUCCCCUCAUCACACCCACGGCCAGCCCUGACAGCAAGAAAGAUGUUCUAUAUAUCGGUCCGGUGAGAGGCGGACCCUUCUCCAGCCCCGGCUGGUACAGCAAGACCAUGACGCCCACGUACGACGCUCGUGACGGCAGCCCCCUGUCGCCCACCACGGCGUGGUUCGGCGACUCCCCGCUCGCCGAGGGAAACCCCAGCGCGCUUGCCGCCGCGCUGCCCAACACGUCGCCUGAGGUGCUGGCGCGCAUGUACCGGCCACAGACGCUGCUCGACAAGGCGCGCAUCAACGGCGGUUGGCUGGACUCGUCGAGGUCUCUCAUGGAGCAGGGCAUCAAGGACAAUGACAUAUUGAUGCUCCGGUUUAAGUACUACAGCUUCUUUGACCUGAACCCAAAGUACGACGCCAUCAGAAUAAACCAGCUGUAUGAGCAGGCCAAGUGGGCCAUCCUCCUGGAAGACAUCGAGUGCACCGAGGAGGAGAUGAUGAUGUUUGCCGCGCUGCAGUAUCACAUCAACAAGCUGUCUCUGAUGACGGAGGGGCACGCGAACCACAGCGAACAGGAGGUGGACGAGGUGGACGCGGCGCUGUCGGACCUGGAGAUCGCCCUGGAAGGCGGCCGUAGCUCCUCGGGCCUGCGGGAUAUCAUGAAAAUCCCAGAGCUCUCCGACUAUCUUAAGAUGUUCCGGCCAAAGAAGCUGACUCUGAAGGGCUACAAGCAAUACUGGUUUGUGUUCAAGGACACAGCCAUCUCUUACUACAGGAAUAAAGAUGACCCCAGACCUGUGCAGCAGAUCACCCUCAGAGGAUGUGAAGUCAUUCCGGACGUCAACAUAGCUGCACAGAAGUUUAACAUCAAACUGUUGGUGCCAGUUACCGAGGGCAUGACUGAAGUCUGGCUCCGCUGUGAGAGUGAGAAGCAGUACGCGGAGUGGAUGGCAGCGUGCCGCCUGGCCUCCAAGGGCAAGACGAUGGCGGACAGCUCCUACGCGGGCGAGGUGAACAGCAUCCUCACCUUCCUGAAGAUGCAGAACGUGAGCCUGGAGCCGCAAAGCAUCUCUCCGCAGAACGUGCCCGACAUCAACCCCGAGUCGUUCGUGUGCCCUCGCUACAUGAAGAAAUACAAGGCCAAGCAGACGGUUUCUGUGCGAGACUUGCUGACGGCGCGGAUCCUGGAGGCUCACCAGAACGUGUCGCACAUGAGCCUCGUGGAGGCCAAGAUGCGCUUCAUCCAGGCGUGGCAGUCGCUACCCGAGUUUGGCAUCACGCACUUCGUGGUCAGGUUCCGCGGCGCCAAGAAGGAAGAGAUGAUGGGCAUCGCCUACAACCGGCUCAUCCGCAUGGACCUGUCCACGGGUGAUGCCAUCAAGACCUACCGCUUCAGCAACAUGAAGCAGUGGAAUGUGAACUGGGAGGUCCGGCAGGUGGCCGUGGAGUUCGACGACGAGAUGCAGAUCGCGUUCCACUGCUCGGACGCCGACUGCAAGGUCGUUCACGAGUUCAUCGGAGGCUACAUCUUCCUGUCGACGCGCGCCAAGGAUCAGAACGAGGCGCUGGACGAGGAGCUCUUCCACAAGCUGACUGGCGGCUGGGCCUGAGGACGGACUGAGGUCCC